CUCUGCUCCAGACGGACAGACAGACAGCUGUUGCAGCACUCUGUGCGAAGAAGGACUGCUGCCUGGUGACUGCUGAACGAAAUGGAAUCCCCUGCGACAGAUGUCAGCACUCUGUUCUUCAACCAAUCGACAGAGAGCUGCGGGAGGGAGACCACGCUGGAGGACACGGUCUUCGGGGGCUACUACAUCGUGGUCUUCCUCCUGGCCUUGACCGGGAACAGCCUGGCCCUGUGGAUCUUCUCCCACCAGCGCGGAACGUCCACUCCCACCAACGUCUUCCUCCUGCACCUGGCCGUAGCCGACCUCUCCUACGUAGUCAUCUUGCCGCUGCGAGCCGCCUACCACCUGACGGGGGGCCACUGGCCGUUUGGCGAGGUGGCGUGCCGGCUGGCCGGGUACCUGUUCUACGUCAACAUGUACGCCAGCCUGUACUUCCUGGCCUGCAUGGCGGCGGACCGCUACCUCGCCGUGGUGCACGCCGUGAGGUCGCUGAAGCUCCGGCGGGCUCGCCACGCCCACGCGCUCAGCUCCGCCCUGUGGGUCCUGGUGACCGUCUCCAUGGCGCCGCUGCUGGUCAGCCGGCAGACGUGGGAGACGGAGGAGGGCGGGGCCACGGCGUGCCGGCAGCUGUACCGGGAGAAGGCGUCGCAGCGGGCGCUGGCCUCUCUGGCGGUGGCCUUCACCCCGCCCUUCCUGGCCACGCUCACCUGCUACCUGCUGAUCAUCCGCGGGCUCCGGCGCGGCUCGCGCCUGGAGCCGGCCCUCAAGCUCAGGGCCCUGCGCACCGUGGGCCUGGUCCUGCUCAUCUACGUGGUCUGCUUCCUGCCCUACCACGCCAGCCGCGCCCUCUUCAUCCUGGGCUACGGCCACCCGGGCAUCUCCUGCCGGGCCAGGCGCGGCCUGGCGCUGGCCAACCGCCUGACCUCCUCCCUCACCUGCCUGAACGGGGCCCUGGACCCCCUGGUCUAUCUGUUCGGGGCCGAGAGGUUCCGGGGGAGCCUGCGCAGCCUCUUCCGCAGGGACAGGGGGCGGGGCUCCGCCGCCACCACCGGGGAGCGGAAGGAAACGCACGAGAGCUCCGCUAGCGUCAAGUCUGAGUGCUGAGCUGUGGGGAGAUGUUAGCGGCGCCCUGGAUGCUGCCCAUCGCUGUAGGUUUCAUUUCAACUUACGGGGAGACGCACUGCUGGACCACCUAGCCUGAAGUAGUCAAACGUCAUGUCUCACAAGUAUUUCAACUUAUGUUGGGACCAAUUCAUCUAAAAAUAAGGGGGUCACACGUCUCCCGCCAAAACUACACAUAUGUCAUCGCCAAUGCCUUUUGCAAACUUGUCACUAUGACUGGCUGUCCAAGAGUCCUAUGUUCAACAUAUGUUGGUUGAAAUGGAUGGAUGGAUUUAUAAUACAAAACCUGAUGUAUACUACGCUGUGCACUGUGGCAGAGUUUAGUUUUUUAAGCUUUACUUUUGAGCAAGAUUUUUUUUAAAGCAUUGAAACGUUGACAUAAUUGCUGGCAAACAGAACAGUUUCAUUGGUAAACUUGGUUAAAAAAAAGAUUAUCACCACUCCUCAGUACUACAGAUGAUAGACCCAUUGCAAGCUUGCUUCAGACUAAUGACAUUUGGUCAUUUCUUUGCUUUUUGAGUACUGUGCUGAGUGAUAAAUAUCUGCACCAAUCAGGAGCCAAAUAUUUUUUUUGUUUCUGUUUAGAUAUUUUAUAUAACAUAGACAUAAUCAUUUUUUGCACUUCCUUGUUUUUCUACUGCACUUAUGAGAAUGGCUGGCCUUCAGGUUUAUUGUUGUAUUGCAGGUAAUUGGGCUUGACUUUCAACUAUUUAAAACCAACUGUGCAACUGUGUGACUUGUACGUAUAUUUUCAGUGUAAUUCUUUUAAGCCUAAAUGUCCCUGCUGAAGCAGUAGGCAUACUGGUUAUAAAAUAUAGAUUUGUGACUGUUUCUGAAAGUAAGAAAGUAAUCUUUGUGGACUGAAAAUGUGUAUUCUUUUGUUCCUGACAGUGUGUAACGUACACUUGCCGGUUUGUGAGCUUGUUUUUGUGCAAGAAUCUUUUUUGUCAUAAUAACUGUGUGAAAAAUGUAAUAUCUUUUUUGUUUCAAAGUUUGUUGGAGGCUGCAUUUGGAGUAGUGUGGAAUUGUGGUCAGGGUUUGUAAGCUCAUUGGCUUAAAAGAAGGCCAGGGUUCUGGAGGUGGGCUUCACCCCUAAAUGGAACCUGUAUGUGUCAUACAUGUGAUGCCCAUUUUACAUUAAUUACAUUCAGGCUCUGUAAUAUUUGGGAUGAAGACUUUUUUCUAUAUUUGGCUCUGUACUCCACAAUUUUAGAUUUACAGUACAGAGCCAAAUCAAGAAAAUAAAUGUCUUUGUUCCAAACAUCAUGGAGCUCACUGUACGCGUGUAGGAUAUUCCCUUAACCAGGGUGAAUUACAUAGCUUACCUGUACAUUUUACAUAUUGUCCAUUUGAACUCAGAUUGGAUCUGCACUGAAGCAGUUCAGAUGAUAGUGUCUUGCCAAAUGGUACCACACCAAUGCCCCACCUGGGAUUUGAACCUGUGGCCUCACAAGCCUAGCUCCCUAGCCUAUACUAGCCAAUAUAGUUUAAUAUACUAUAAUGACAUAUACUGACAUCCCUCUCUGAGUCUCACCACUGUAGUCGGACCAUUCACUAUUCCAUUUACACUUGAUGGUAGGCCACUUAUUGAUUUGUGGGAUCCUUCAUUUUUUGUCUGUCCUGUGAAUUCUAACACACCAAGAGAUAACUUGGUCAUGGGAAAUCUCGGGUAGACUUACAUUUAAUCACACUGUGGCAUGGAUCCCCCUCACUCACUUGAGAAACAUAGGAAAUGGCACUAUGCUCCCUGCUACCUCUUGCACUGAACUGAAAAUGCUUUUGAUUUAUAUUAUCUUUUUUCUGUUUUAUUUUCUUGUUCACUCCUUUUCCUGUCUUCAUAUGGAUUUCUGACUCCACACCAGCUUUACUCAUGAUUUGUUUGACCAUGGACAGACCUUUGUGGAACGCUACAAAAUAGCCUCCUUAGAUACGAUUCUAUUGACAGAAACGUACUGUUCUCUGUAAUUAUUUUUUUCACUGAAUUGCUUUAUCUGUAGAACAUAAUUUUGCAAGACAAAAUUCAUAAUUGACCAUUUGAAAGGUUUUUGAAAGAUCUUAAAAUAUAGAAAAAAUAUAUUCACUUUUAAUAUCCAGUGACCAGGGCCAACACAUGUACCCUUGGGCCAAAGUAUCUUCGGUUCAGUCAGACGGAAGAUGUUUAGCAAAAGAGGCAGACAUUUGCUAUGAGGACAAAAUUAAGAAAAACAAAGGAGUUAAAAAAGGAGGAAAGAAGGGACAUACGCUACCCACAUAAUAAUCACGAUCAUAAUAUUGUAGUAGUUGUUAGUUAGCCACCACAAGCUAGCUAUAUGUUGGCUCCACCACUGUUGUUUCCCAUAAUGCUUUGUGUUAGUGCUGUAACCAUGGGUGAGAUGUGAUGUUCUGACGGUGGCCUUUGGCCGUUCUGGCCAACGUGAGUAGCACCAAUGGUGAAACUGUGUGCUUACUAUGGCAAAUAAAAGUAG